CGCCAGGGGGAGUAUGAACUUGUCAAGAAAGGUUUUCUUGUCUGUAAAUGAUUUAAAUUCAGAAACUAUUUUAUAAGAGUAACACAAUGGCAGAAGAAUUAAAGAAUAACAUUCAAAGUUAUCAAAUUCAGUUACAACAGGUUGAAGCUGCUUUGACCACAGAACCAGAGAGUGAAGAACUUCUAAAGCUUAAAAAGGAUCUUCUUGAAGUUUUAAAUUUAAGUAAAGAAUUGUUAAAUGCGAAUGAACCUGAUGCUCUUCCAACAUCUAGCCUACAUGGUGCCAAAAAGAAAGCUCGCUUAGAAUUAUCUAAAUGGAAUCCUGGAGAUAGAUGUUUAGCACCUUGGUCAGAAGAUGGACAAUUUUAUGAAGCAACUAUAGAAGAAAUUACAGAAGAUGGUCAAUGUACAGUUAACUUUCAUGGUUAUGGAAAUACAGAAGUAGCACUUGUUACGCAGUUGAAAACAAUUGACAAAGAUACAUUAGGUGAUGAUAGUGAUGGAGGACCAAAAUCAAAAAAACAGAUGGUACAAGCAAAAAGAGAAUAUAAGAAGAAAAAAGCUCAGAAAAAAGCACAAAGAAUGAAACAAAUUGAAGAAGAAAGAGAAAAAGAAAAGUCAAAAUGGCAACAAUUUAAUGCAAAGGCAUUUUCAAAAUCAAAAAAGGGACAAGUAAAGAAAAGUAUCUUUGCAUCACCUGAUAACAUUAAUGGGAGAGUGGGAGUUGGUACCUGCGGCAUUGGAGGAAGGCCCAUGACUGAAUAUCACCAGCAGGAAAAAUGGAGGCGACCCAUGACGGCACCACCACCAGCACAUGGAAUGACACAUACGGGAAUGUGAUUAAGAGUGCACUUUGUGUGAUUGUGUUUUUUGAACAGUGACAAUAUCCAAUGUAGAGUGGAUCAUUUUAACUCCAUUGUAAAUAAAUAUCAAAUUUGAAAUCUUUA